CACAGACCGGAAGUUUGCUCCAAGAGUGUAAUACCGGAAGAGUAAGGCAGGUUCUCUUGAAAGUUUUCCGUGGUUGAAUUCACAAGUUAGCGAAAGUACUUCUUUUUUAACUAGUAUUCGGUGUUUUGCCGGAUCCAUCACCAGACAUGACGCUGCAAUGGACGGUUGUAGCCUUCUUCCUCUAUGCGGAGAUUGCUGUUCUCCUCCUCCUCUGCAUACCUUACAUCUCAGCCAGGAGGUGGCAGAAAAUGUUCCAGCUGAGGAUCUGGGCCUUUAUGUCAGGGUUCUGGAACAAAGUGUUUCUCACAAUGAUCAUCGUACUCAUCGUGCUCUUCCUUGAUGCUGUGCGUGAGGUGAGGAAAUACUCAUCCAAAGAAGUUGGCGUGGAUGCAAAGCUCCAACCCAACAUGUAUGAUCAUCUGCACAUGAAGCUGUUCAGAGCCCAGAGGAACCUCUACAUCUCUGGCUUCGCUGUCUUCCUUUGGCUGAUCUUGAAGCGAGUGAUCACCCUGAUCAACCAGCUGGCAGCAGCGUCUGUUAAUACAGCUGCUAUCCAGGGUCAGGCUGACAGUGCCAACCAGACUGCUAAGAAAUACAUGGAGGACAAUGAGAUGCUGAAACAGGCUCUGAUGGAAGGGAAGGGUGAUAAGGCUACUGCAGAGGGCAUGGAGCUGCUGAGGAAAGAGGUGGAGAAACUGAAGAAUGAAGUGAAGAUCUCAGGAGAUGCCCUGAUGAAUUCAGAGUCAGAAGCGGAUGUGAUGAAGAAGCAGAUGGAUGGCCUCGCCAGAGAGUACGAUCGACUGUUGAAAGAACAUCAGGAGCUCCAGAAUCGUGAAGACAGCGGAAGCAAAAAGGAGGAUUAGUUUGAAGGUUGAAGUGUUCACACACAACAGCGUAAUCACUCACGCGAGAGCCACUAUAACACACACUUUACUCUUAUAAUACAACUUAUGUCACUGCAAGUCGCAGAACCAGGACCGGCUCCUCUGAGGGAGACUGGUAAUGUUUUUUUAAUUGAAAGAGUAAUAUGUGAUGGUUUUCUGUUUCUGCUUAGCACAGCUUGUCAAAUCAGGAGAGAUGGGAGGUAAUGGGAGAAAUCCAGGUUUGAUCACACAGCACUCAAAUGUCAAAUCUCUGCAGACAUUCUGGGUGUUGUUUGAUGGUUUGAGGUAUUUGUCUUCGUCAGAUGCACAAAGUGGAGUGCAAGAUUUGUCUUAAGUACUCUAUUAUUGUGGAAUCAGCUCUGAAUGUAUUUUGAUACUAUGGCUGUGUUUUUUUUAUUACUUCUAUAUGCAGCAGGAAAGUCUGCCUCACCCAGUUCCAAUUUAGAAGCAGGAUGUAAAUUCUGUUUGUGUUGUUUGCAUGAGUUUGCAUGUACAGUUGCACUUAGACUCACAAUCCUCUUGUUUUAGGUUCAAGCUGUUGUGUGAAAGUAUGUUCUUGUUUUAACCAAAGAAGUGGUGGUGGAAGAUUUGUGACAAGAAACUAAAAAUCUGUAGGGAUAGAAAUUGGUUUCAACCACAUUGAGUCUUAUUUAAUGUUGAAUAAAACUUAAGGUGAAA